UUUACAUUGAUAACAACCAUGGAAAGAGUAUGAAAAUUACAACCUAUCAUUUUUGCAUUGUUAGCUUAUCAAAAUCACAAUUUAUUGGAAUAGAAGUUAUGUCUACCCUCAAAUUGAUUUUAUGACUUUCUUUGCCUUUGUAAAGCUUUGGCAUCAACAAGCAAACAUCUUUUCUCUAUUUUCAAACGAAGACUAGCUCCACUUUUUUCUUGAAAAAAAACGAAGGCAGAAAGACUUUUUAUUUUCCUCCUUCCUUGUUGGAAGAAAUAGAAUGGAGUUUCAUCUUAUUUUCACCUUCAGAAUAAGCAGUUGAUUUAUGUUAAUCAGAAGUCAUUUGUUGUUGAUCGUUCAAAAGAAUCCAUGGAAAUGGAAUUCUACGCAUACCCAUCUCGUGUUUUCCCUCUUACCUCUUCUAUUUGUUCGUUUUGUAUAAGGGAUUUGGUUGAUAGGGCUAAGGAUUUCAUUAGCGUUGCGGUUUCUGCAAUCAUUGGCAGCGUCUUAUCUGCAGUCUUCACCUUCUUCUUUGCAUUAGUGGGCACCUUAUUAGGAGCAUUAACUGGAGCUUUGAUUGGCCAGGAGACGGAGAGUGGAUUUGUCAGAGGUGCUGCAGUUGGUGCCAUCUCUGGUGCUGUUUUCUCUCUUGAAGUCUUUGAGUCAUCUCUGUUACUAUGGCAGUCGGAUGAAUCUGGAAUAACAUGUCUUGUUUACUUGAUUGAUGUACUCACAAGCCUGUUAAGUGGUCGAUUGGUUCGUGAGAGGAUUGGCCCGGCAAUGCUAAGUGCAGUCCAGAGCCAGAUGGGAGCUGUUGAACUUGCAUAUGACGAGGUCCCUAACAUUUUUGAUACGGGUGUGGCUAAAGGCUUGCAUGGAGAUUCGGUUGAAAAGAUCCCCAAGAUUGUAAUCACAAAAGGUAACAACUUGGAUGGUUCUGGAGAGAGAGUCUCUUGUUCCGUCUGCCUUCAGGACUUUCAACUUGGAGAAACUGUUAGAUGUUUGCCACAAUGUCAUCACAUGUUUCACUUGCCAUGCAUCGACACAUGGCUGUUGAGACAUGGCUCUUGCCCAAUGUGCAGAAGGGAUCUGUAAUUGCUCCAUAAACUAUAACAAGGUUAAAUAAGUUCUUCAUACUUGCUUGUAUGGUUUCCUUAGAAGUCUUUCUUCACUUGCCCAAAUUUUCAAGGAAACCUGUGUAUUUAGUGGCAAGUAUGUGCUUUUUCGAGUUUGGUUGUUGUAGACUAUAACUUACCUGUAAAUUGAGCUAUAAUAGUGUUCACUACUUCCACUAAAUGGUAUGUGUCUCAUGUUUGCCUUCAUCGUUUGCAAGAAAACUUUUGUCCUGAA